ACAGACUGUAACAAAAGGGCAGAAAACAGAAGAGAGAGAGAGGAGCAGCAAUUGUGGUUUACUCUGGACAAGAGAGAGAGCACAUCCCCCAACUGAUUUCUUCUGUAAAUUCUUCCCCACAAUCACCUCUACUUCUCUUUGCCCUUCCAUUCUAGACUGUAAUUCAGCUGUAACGCACAGAUACAGUGUACUAUAUAUCGAAUCCGAACACACACUUACAGAGAGAGAGAGAGUGAGACGUCAGAGUGACAGACUAUCUCAGCAUUUUCGUCAAACCCCCGCAUCUUUUCUUGAGGGAAUUAUACAUAGUUUCUUUACUCAACUUCGCUGCAGAACCUAAGUUGCUGCAGAUCAUGUCUGCCAAGCCCAAAUCUGCUCUAUCUGAAACUCCAAACACUAAAGUGUCACCAGCAACUCCCCGUAUCAGCAAGUCUAGCAGGGGAGUAGCUAAACCAGAUGCCGAUUCAGCUUCUCCACUUCCCAAUGCUCGCCAUUCAGUUGAGCGGUCACCAAGAUCCGUUCCUUCGAAGCCUACUGCGGACAGGCGGUCGCCCAAACUCAGCACCCCGCCUGAUAAAAAGCCAACCCGCAUUUUGAAGCCGUCAGAACUUCAGGCCGAAUUAAAUCUAGCUCAGGAAGAUCUGAAGAAGGCCAAGGAGAAGUUGGUUUUGGUUGAGAAAGAAAAAGAAAAGGUUCUUGAUGAAUUGAAAGAAGCCCAGAAGUUGGCUGAGGAAGCAAAUGAGAAGCUCAGGGAGGCAUUGGUUGCUCAGAAGCGAGCAGAGGAAGAUUCUGAGAUUGAAAAGUUUCGAGCAGUUGAGAUGGAGCAGGCAGGCAUUGAAGCAGCGCAAAAGAAGGAAGAGGAAUGGCAGAAAGAGCUCGAAACAGUGAGGAAUCAGCAUGCUGCCGAUGUGGCUGCUCUUCUGUCCGCCACAGAGGAACUUCAGAGGGUGAAGCAAGAAUUAGCCAUGACAUGUGAUGCAAAAAACCAGGCACUAAGCCAUGCUGAAGAUGCAACAAAAAUAGCUGAGGCUCAUGUUGAAAAAGUCGAAGCUCUUUCUGCUGAGUUGGCCCACUUGAAAUCUGUGCUUGAUUCUAGAGCCGAAAUGGAGGCCAGUGAGAGCAGCAAAUUCGUGUCGGAAUUGAAAAUUGAGAUAGAUUCUCUGAGACUAGAACUUGAAAAGGCGAAAACUUUGGAGGAAAAAUUGGCAGAAAAAGAGGCUACCUUAGAGCAACUUAAUGUUGAUCUGGAGGCUGCAAAAAUGGCUGAAUCUUAUGCGCGUAAUUUAGUGGAUGAGUUGAACGAAAGGGUUGAGGAAUUAGCAUGUCAGGCUGAGCAAGCAAAGAGAUUGGAGAGAUCUGCAUCAGAAUCUCUGGAAUCUAUCAUGAAACAGCUGGAAGGAAGUAAUGAUUCAUUACAUGAUGCCGAAUGUGAGAUUGCAUUGCUUAAAGAGAAAGUGGGCUUGCUGGAAAUCUCAAUUGGAAGGCAAAAAGGGGAUUUAGAGGAGUCUGAACGUCGCCUUGAACUGGCUAAAGAAGAAGCUUCUGAAAUGGCAAAGAAAGUCGAAUCUCUUACAUUUGAGCUUGAAACUGUAAAAGAAGAGAAAGCUCAAUCUUUAAACAAUGAGAAGCUUGCAGCUACUAGUGUUCAAACUCUGUUGGAAGAAAAAAACAAUCUCAUUAACGAGUUGGGAUCUUCCAGAGAUGAAGAAGAGAAAAGCAAGAAGGCAUUGGAAAGUUUAGCAUCAGCCUUACAUGAAGUUUCCUCAGAAGCACGAGAUACCAAAGAAAAGCUAUUGUCUAUUCAAGUUGAGAAUGAAAACUAUGAAGCGCAAAUAGAAGAUCUGAAGCUGGUCCUGAAAGCAACAAAUGAGAAGUAUGAAAGCAUGCUUGAUGAUGCAAAACAAGAAAUUGAUGCUCUCACUAAGUCACUUGAACAGUCAAAGCAUGAUUACCAGAACUUGAAGGCUGAGUGGGAGCAGAAAGAGCUUGAUUUGAUGACCUCUGUGAAAAAGUCUGAAGAAGAGAACUCUUCUAUGGAAAAUGAAAUUAGCAGGCUGGUCAAUUUACUAAAAAUGGCAGAGGAAGAAGCCUGUGCAACAAGAGAGGAGGAGGAUCGUUGGAAAACUUCCUUUAAAGAAGCUGAAUCCGAGGUGAUUUAUCUAAAGGAAGUCCUCGGGGAAGCAAAGGCCGAGAGCAUGAGACUGAAAGAGGGUUUGAUGGACAGAGAAAAUGAAUUGCAGAACAUUCUUCAGGAGAAUGAGGAGCUGCGGAAAAGAGAAGCAGCUUCUCAGGAAAAGGUUGAGGAGUUAUCUAAGUUGCUUGAAGAAGCUUUGGCUAAGAAGCAAGUAGAGGAAAAUGGUGAGCUGACAGAUAGUGAAAAAGAUUAUGACAUGCUCCCAAAGGUGGUGGAGUUUUCUGAACAAAAUGGCACGGGAGAUGUGAAGCCUAAGGUGGAGCCCCAAUCUCAACAGAGGGAGCUACCUCCACCUGUAAAGAACCUAGUCGAAGUUAAUGAUGUUUCAAGUGAUGAAUCCGUUCAGAGAGCCUCUGAGGUGGAGACUUCUAAUGGUGAACUGAAAGAUAAUGACAAAGAAAAGGACAAUCAGGAUUCUACAGAAGUUGAUCUUAAAAUGUGGGAAAGCUGCAAGAUCGAAGAAAAAGACUUCUCUCCUGAAGGAGAGCCGGAGCAGGAAUCUUUUGAGGAUGAAUUGGACACAAAAGCUGAGGGUGUGGAAAGCUAUGACCAUGUGAACGGGCUUUCCAAUGUCGACAAUGGCGGAAGCUCUCCAUCAAAGCAGCAGAGUCAGAAGAAGAAGAAACCUUUGCUUCGUAAGUUCGGAAACCUGCUGAAGAAGAAGGGCACGACCAACCAGAAGUAAUAUGUCAUCUAUGUACACCGUUUCUGCUGGCCUUACCUUAGGAGGUAUACUGGAUUUUAUAUUGCAAUUGAGUAUGUUUUGUCAAUGCUUUUUGCUUCAAUUCUUUCUUCUUUUUCCUUUUGUCAUAUUCACCUCUCAUACGGGUCUGAAUAUGAAAGGCUUGUAUCAUCUUUAGAAUAUUUUUUCUCCCCCUAACUGUCUCACCAUGUGAUUAGCCAUGAGUUCGGAGUGUGUAUGAGUUUAUUUUGUAAACUUGUUUUUUUAUCCAAAACUCAUUAAAAAAAAGAAUCCUUCUCUUUUAAUA